AUUACAAAAAAGUUAAAGAAAAAAGAGAAAAAUCAUAGACACGUGGGAGAAAUUCUCGCACGAGCGAGUCAACCUUGGCCGAAGCCGUCGCCCUUCGGCCAGUGCCACCCUUAUUUGCCAUUUUCUUUUCCAAAAAAGUUGUGGAGACAACAGAAGCGAAACAAAGAGAGUGAUAAGAAAAGAAAAGCUCUCGUCUCUCGAUCUGCAGACGCAAAAGGGGCUGACCUGACGAAAGAACACACACUAUGUGGAGAAAACUCUCUUCGCAGCUCCGUACCCUACGCCUAAUUCGAUCCACUCCUAAGUCCAAUCCAACCGCCUUCGCCGCCACGUCGAUUUCUUCUUCUCCGUCUCCGGCGGCGUUCCGGUCAUCGGUCACGUCCUUCUCUCGCCAAUUCACUACCGCAUCCGAGAAUGUUGUUAAGAAGAGUGUGGAGGAUGUAAUGCCGAUUGCAACUGGCCAUGAGCGCGAAGAGCUUGAAGCUGAACUCCAAGGAAGAGAGCUUCUUGACAUUAACUUUCCUGAGGGUCCUUUUGGUACAAAGGAAGCACCAGCUGUUGUCAAAUCUUACUAUGACAGAAGAAUUGUUGGAUGCCCGGGAGGUGAAGGAGAAGAUGAGCAUGAUGUUGUUUGGUUCUGGCUUGAGAAGGGCAAGCCACAUGAAUGCCCAGUAUGCUCACAGUAUUUUGAAUUGGAAGUGGUUGGACCUGGAGGACCUCCUGAUGGACAUGGCAGUGAUGACGAGGGUCAUCACUAAGUCUCUUACAAUUUUUGCCGGAAUAAAUUUGGUUAAGACGAUGUGACUCAAAAUUCUGUGUUCUUUCCUUGCCUUUACUGGAUAAUUGUUCUUAUUGUUGCUGCUGUGGCAGCUGUGAAGUUGAAUAUUUUUUGCUUUAAUAUUUUAUACACUAGACAUGGCUUGGUCUACUGGAAAUCUAGACCCAGUUUCUUCAAAUGCACAGUUCAAUAAUCAAUGGCUACAGAUUACAUCUUUUAUAAUGGUUA